AUGGCGUCCAACGAGGUUCCCAAGACCUGCAAGGUCAUCCUGGCCGACACCAUCGCCAAGAAGCUGCUGGCGGAGGUUCACGACACCCUCCAGAAGAUCCAGGGUGCUGUCGAUCGCAAGCCCAGCCUUGUGGCUUUCCUCGCCAACGAUGACCCCGCCGCUCUCAAGUACGCCGAGUGGUCCCAGAAGACGUGCCAGGAAAAUGGCUUCGACUUUGACCUCCGCAAGGUCGACAAUCAGGAGCUCGAGGAGAAGAUCAUGGAGGCCAACGACGACGACAAGGUCGACGGCAUGAUUGUCUACUACCCCAUCUUCCCCGGCAACCCGAUCCACGACAAGUACAUCCAGGAGACCGUGUCGCUGGCCAAGGACGUCGAGGGCCUCUGCCACAAGCACCUCUACAACAUGUACCACAAUGUCCGCUUCCUCGACCCGGAGCACCAGCUGAAGAAGUCGAUCCUGCCCUGCACGCCGCUGGCUGUCGUCAAGAUCCUCGAGCACCUGCAGAUCUACAACCCCAUCCUCGCGUCGGGCAACCGCCUCUACGGCAAGACCAUCACCGUCAUCAACCGCUCCGAGGUCAACGGCCGGCCCCUGGCCGCGCUCCUCGCCAACGACGGCGCCCAGGUCUACUCGGUCGACAUCACCGGCGUGCAGCUCUUCACGCGCGGCCAGGGCAUCAAGCAGCCGCGCCACCAGGCCGAGGAGAAGAAGGGCUGGGGCCUCGAGCAGUGCCUGCCCCUCAGCGACGUCAUCAUCGGCGGCGUGCCGUCGGAGAACUACAAGGUCCCCAUCGACCUCAUCCGUGAGGGCGCCGUGUGCAUCAACUUUUCGUCAUUCCGGAACUUUGACGGCCCGGCGGUCAAGGAAAAGGCGUCCAUCUAUGUGCCCUCCGUGGGCAAGGUGACCAUUGCGGUCCUGUUGCGAAACCUGGUGCGCUUGAUUGCGAAUCGCCCGACAACCAAGGACAACGGUACAGAAGAUGCGAGCACGGCGCAGGCCAGGAGCGAGGCGUUCACGGAGGGUUAA